AUGAUCAACUCCGAUUCCCACUCUUGUUCUCCUCCCAAUUCUCCAUCAUGGUAUCCCGGGCUCAAUGUUCUCAAACGAUCCAUUGGGUGGUCCGACAAUGAUGACAUUAAUGAACAUCAAUCGGAUUUGAAGAGCAAACGAUCUCGACAUCAAAGCUCUAAUUCUUCUUCAUCGACAUCCAGCAGACUACCUUCGAGCCAAGUCAACUUAUCCAGUGUUCGCAAGGAAUUACAACAUGCCGAAGCGCAAUUGAUCCAAAGUGAGAAAAUCACAGAUCAAGCAAUUGAUCAAUACAAAUUAGCCAAAAGGGAUGAGGAAUCUAGGGAAAUGAAGAGAGAUAUGUUGAAAGAGAGAUCGAUGAGGAUAAGAUUUGAGAUUGACAAGAAACGUUCAGAAGUCACCGUGGAGGAGAUACAAGGUAGGUUGGGGGAGAGGGAGGAGAUGAUCAACGUGUUGGAUGCGAAAGUUAUUUCACUUGAAAAGGAUAUUAUCAAAUGUAAAGAAGAUAACAAGACGCUCAAGGUCGAGUAUAAGAAAAAACUCAAAAGUCGUGCUAACGCAAUGUCAGAGAAAGAUGUGAUGAUCAGUUCUGCAAACGACAAAUUCAAGGUUUUGGAGACUGAUAUUCGAAAGUUGAACGCCGAUACCGAGCAACUCAAGUCGAAGCAUCAAACCACAAUUGACAACCUCAAAUCUAUCCAUCAACAAGAGACAAACGAGGUCAACAGAGAACACUCCAAAAAGAUUUCAAGCAAAGAUAAACAAAUCAAGGAAAUCAAUGUUUCGAUCGAUGGAUACAAGAAAAUUGAGAUCGAAUUGAAGGUACAUAACGCGAAUCUCAAGAAGUUUGUGCAGGAGAUUAAUUCUCGCUCGAGCGAGCUGCGUGAGUGA